CGAUGGCGGCUGCAGAUCUGAGGGACGAGCUGAGCUGCUCCAUCUGCCUGAUCCUUUAUACCGACCCAGUAACCCUGCCCUGUGGGCACAACUUCUGCCGGGGCUGCAUUGGGGCAGCAUGGGACUCCCAGGGGGGCUCUGGGGCUUAUGCCUGCCCUGAAUGCAGAGAGGAGUAUCCGGAGCGCCCCGCCCUGCCCAGGAACAGAACUCUGGGUAACAUAGCAGCGCGACUCCUCACUAUUGCCCCCGAGCCGGGGGAGAGCGGGACCCUCUGCACUUACUGUGUCCAUUCCCCUGUACCUGCCGCUAAAUCCUGUCUGCACUGUGAGGCCUCUCUGUGUGAUACCCACCUGCGGGGGCACAGCCAGUCAGAGAAGCACAUCCUAACUGCCCCCACCCGCUCUUUUGGGGAGAGGAAAUGCCCCCAACAUGAUGAACUCCUGACUUACUACUGCCCCCAGGACUCGGCCUGUGUCUGUGCCCACUGCUGUCAGAUUGGGGGGCACCGGGGCCACAGGGUGGAGCUGCUGAGUGAGGCCUCUGAGAAGAAGAAGGAGACACUGAGGAAAGUUCUGGAGAAACUGAGCCCAGAGAGAGAGGAGACCGAGGGGCAAAUCCAGAGGCUGCAGGAGCGCAGGAGAGAAGGGGCAGAAGAGGCAGCCGCUGAGACAGAGAGAGUCACUGCCCUGUUUAGGGGCAUCAGGGAAGAGCUGGAAGCCCUAGAGAAGCGACUCCUGAGUGACAUCUCCAGGCAGAAAGAGGAGCUCUCACUCCCACUCACUGAGCUGAUCCAACAGCUGGAAAUAAAGAGGGACGAGCUGUCCAGGAAGAUCCGGCACAUUGAGGAGCUGUGCAACAUGGCAGCUCCACUCACUGUCCUACAGGAACGGGAAUCCCUUGCCUUCUGUGGGGCUGAGGGGGCAGGUACUGGGGGCAGAAAGAGAGAGGAUAUAAAGGUCCCGACUGUACAGGAUCUGGAUGUGGUUCGGCUCUCAGAGAUAAUGAUCCAGAGCUUAGAGGGGCAAGUGAGUGAGAUAAAGAGAGGCUACUGCCCCCGGGAGAACCCAUUCCUGUUCCUGGAUGGGAACUCUGUGCACCGGGAUUUAUCUAUUUCAAAUAACAGUAAAACAGCCAAUGUUAGCAGAGGUUCCCAAGUUAAUUACCAGACAUCACUGACAUUUCAGACUCAACUUCAGGUACUAAGCACCAUGAGUUUCCCCUCGGGGCGACAUUACUGGGAUGUAGAUUGCAGUGACUCGGUGUACUGGCGGGUGGGCGUGGCCUAUCCCAGUAUAGAGAGGGGGGGUAAUAAGUCCCUUAUUGGGGAUAAUAACAAGUCCUGGGCUGUGGGUAAAUGGGGUAGCUCAGUUACAGUGACACAUGACAAAAACACAAUCCCAAUCUCUUCCUGUCAAUUAAGUAAAGUCCGAGUGUUCCUGGACUAUGAGGCCGGACGCCUGUCCUUCUAUGAGCUGAGUGAGCCAAUCAGGCGCUUACACACCUUCACCGCCAAAUUCACUGAGCCCCUUCAUGCUGCAUUCUAUUAGCACGUGGCAGUGUGACCAUAACUGAAUAAAGAAAAUGCCUCCUGCUCCUUAGUAAUUAUGGCUA